AACUCCACUUUUUUUAACAAGUUGAGAAGGAGUAAAGUGGAGUUAUGAGUUAAAACCAAACGAGGUCGACGAAAGCGUGCAAUAAAUUGCGCUAUCAAACUCGAAAUUACCAAAUUGCAGUCUAAAUCUAGAUUACAAGGGAAAGAAAACUUAGCUAUUCGGACUGAACAUCAGCUUGACGUUCACGUAAGCGAAUUCUUCAUUUUUCAAUGUAAAUCGCUGAAAAGAUUUCUCAGUAAAAAAAAAAGAAUUAUUUAAAACGAAUACAAAAAAAUAAAUACAACAAAAACGAACUGAAUGACACUUUUUCAAACGAACGACUGGAAACUAUACAUCCCUGGCGCGUUUUAUCAGAUUCACACAUCGGUAUAAAAGGACCGGUCCGAUGCGGUUCGCAUAGAAAAUCGUCAAACAGUCGCGUGCAACGAUGACGAGAGUGAUAUUAGCUGUGAUUUCAAUACUCUUUUCGAUCUCCAGUGUGAGUCUCGUCGACUCCACGUUGCUGGAGAAUCGGGCACAAAUUCUGAGGACCAUCGGGGGCACGUUUAAACAAGUGAAGAUACCCGAUUUGCUGAAUCAGAUGUGCAAUCAGACGCAGGGCUCGAACACGACGCGACGCGACGCUUGUUACGGCUGCCUCUCCCGUACCAGCGCCUUACCGCAGGGUUCCUCCAUGCUAGCGGCCAUGUCCGCGUGCGCCGACACUUAUCUCAACAACACCAGCUACGGUCAUUGUCAGGCCUAUUUGCGAAAUGUGACCAACGCGCCGAACGGACGAAGUCCCAAGUUAAUAUACUGCUCGUUCUUAGAAUGCAUUCGUCAAGCCAGUAACACCAGUGGUACUACUUUGAAUGUAGACAUCAGAGGAGCCAGGCUACCGCUGCGAGGAAUAGCAUGGGAAAUUGAGCAGCAGAGUCCUUUUAAAUUCUUGAAAGUUCAGGCACAGAGGAGCGUCUGCAUAAUUAAACCGACUAAUGUAACUACAACGACUACAACGACUACAACGACUACGACAACUACGACGACUACGGCCGCUACCCCCGGAUCUAUUGAUCCGCGCGAUCCUUUCCCGUAAUUUCUACACGUAUUUUCGGAGGCCCCACAACUUUUUUCCUCAUUGGGAAUGCAACGACGAUAUAUCUCCACGCGAGAUGACGGACACGGAGAUGUCUCGAUUCUUUAGACUCUGUAAUCGCCUGCAUCAUAUGCUACAGUUCGUCUCUCUCUCUCUCUCUCUCUCUCUCUCUCUCUCUCUCUCUCUCUCUCUCUCUCUCUGACGAAGAUGCACUUUACUGGAUUCAAAACUGCACUGCAAAAUCUGACGUGAGAAUACGAAGAUGCGACGAAUUCCUCGCUGACGAGUAUCCUUCUCGCAGCUCGGGGAAUACGAAGCCGCAAGAGUGUGCCCUAACAUCAACAACCAUCUACAUCAGCCUCACGGAUAUCCAGCUCGCGCGAUUGUUCAUCAACACUAGCGUACGCGUGCUGCUGGCGAAGAUCCUACAUGAAUCCGGUGACCAUUAGCGAGCUUUAGGACGAUGACGUCGUCGACAAGUGACCCCUACCCUCGUUAAACGUUAUCCUCGUCGACGCCUCGACUACGACAUCACCGUUGUGCAGCUGCCGUUUCGUUGCAGCGGCGUCGACAACGUGUGCACCAAACAUAGAAACGUCGGGCAAGCGGGACUUGGCCCGGUGUCGCGUGUUGAUUUACAAACAGAUAUUAUCGAGCCAAGAAGCAGUGGUUGUCCACGAUGUUAAAUGACGCGCGGGAUGAUUUUACCAAGCGGCCGUUGCAGAAUGAGAUUACCGUGUGACGUUGUUCGCAAUAAAGAUUUGUUUCCGUUGGCGCCAGCAUUUCGAUCAUUUCUACCGCCUGAUUUUCGCGGCUAUUAAUACGAACACACACGACGAUUACGUCCGAGGCACGUGCCAGCGAGCAACGCAUCCGCGUUCCUCCUCGGGGAUAUCUUUUCCGGGGAGUUGUUUUCCGAUAUUCUGGUUCGCGGGAAAAAAAA